GGCGGGGCUCCCCUCUCGCUGCCCGGCUGGGCGCGCAGCCUUCCCGCGGCCGGCGGUGCCGCUCCGGCUCGGCGCCCACCGCCCUGCCGCUGCCCCGGGACGCUCGGGGGUGCCACGGGGGGCGGCUCGCCCAGCCCUCCGCUGCGCUGUUCCCUCAGGGGAGGGGAGGAUGUGCGGGAGCGCCGCGACUCCCCGGGGUGCUGGGCGUGCAAGUUUGUGGGGCUGAGAAGCCAGCCCGCCCGCCAGCACCGCCGGCACGGGAGCUGCGGGAGGGCGCCCCGGCUGCCCCAGCCAGCUGAACUCGCCACGCUGGUAACACCUCUCCGGGGUCGGGCCUCGGGAGCGUGUUCGGGAGCCUCAGAGCCUGUCCUCGGUAUUUUUGUGUUCUGCUGCCUCCGCCCGACACCCCUCCCUCCGGGAUCCCUCUUACCGUCAGGACGAGUGGAGGAGCCGGGGAGCCCGGAGGCUGUGCCCGGAGCGCCCUGCACUGCGUCUGUCGCGUGUUGGGGUGUGCCGCCACCCCUGAAAUUCGGAUGAGGAAGGUUGACCAGCCUUGAUCACAGUGUUAGAGACCUGAAGCAAGGAUCCUGACAGAUGCAGAUUCAGUACAGCCUGACUUCUUGAGGAGAACAAAUAUUUCCCUGAAAGUCUGUCCCCUCAAAGCAGCACACAGGACAGGCUUGGAUAGAAGGAGAUACAUGGGACACACAGACAAUUAAACACUGGAAGAGACACUGUGCUUCAAGUCCCAAGAUCAGUAAAGGAGGAAUUGGACAAAGGACCCUGAAGACCAUGGAGGGAGACUGUCUGAGCUGCAUGAAAUACCUGAUGUUUCUUUUCAAUUUCUUUAUAUUUCUGGGAGGAGCAUGCCUGCUGGGACUCGGAAUCUGGGUCAUCGUGGAUCCCACAGGUUUUCGAGAGAUAGUGGCUGCCAACCCCCUGCUCUUCACGGGAGCAUACAUCAUGCUGGCCAUGGGAGCCAUGCUCUUCCUGCUGGGCUUCCUGGGCUGCUGUGGUGCCAUCCGUGAGAACAAAUGCCUCCUGCUCUUUUUCUUCGUGUUUAUUUUGUUAAUCUUCCUGGCGGAGCUUUCAGCUGCAAUCCUGGCUUUUAUAUUCAGAGAAAAUCUGACCAGAGAGUUCUUCACCAAGGAGUUGAAGAAGCACUACCAGAGGAACAAUGACACAGAUGUCUUCUCUUCCACCUGGAACUCUGUUAUGAUCACAUUUGCCUGCUGUGGAGUGAACGGACCAGAAGAUUUUGAAGAUAUUCGUCACCUUCCAUAUUCAUCUUUGGAAAAGGCGACACCGGAGGCUUGUUGCCAGCGAGAGCUCCAGAGCCGGGAAGGGAUGUUUGUCAACAAGGAAGCUUGUCUAGAAGGCAUUGAGAGGUUUCAGAACCGGCAGGGCUGCUACACCGUGAUCCUGAACUCCUUUGAGACGUACGUGUACCUGGCAGGAGCUCUUGCCAUUGGAGUGUUGGCUAUUGAGCUGUUUGCCAUGAUCUUUGCAAUGUGUCUCUUUCGAGGGAUCCAGUAAGAAGUGGCCCAUAAACCACCAUGUUCCCCACAUGCUCAGAAGAAAGAAGGAAAAGAAACAAAACCUGAAAACACCCUAAAAACUUUAUUUUUUUUAACAAAGUGGGACAGGGAGAAAAAAUUUAAAAAGAGGGUUGUAAUAUAUGAAUGACCAAAAGGAUUGUACUUCAGGGGCUGGAACUUUGAGGUGAUGUGCACUACACUGUACACCGGACCCUUGCCCAGAGCCACCCGCAGCAAGCGUGGAGCAGGAGCCCAGAGCCGCCGAUUGCACCAGAGAUGGAUGGAGCUGGUGGGGUUGCGGGAGGAGAAGCACAGCUGCCUCUCACACCAGGCUGAAUCUACCAUUCACCACUUCAUCGUGCUUUAGACAACAAAGGACUCAAGAACAGACAUGCAGGGGCUGCAUAAGGCAACAGGUUGGCCUUGACUGUCCAGGUGGGUUUGAAACAAGCAGUGGUGGCUUGUCUAAGCAGGUGUAGUCAACGUUUGCGUGAUUCUGGCUUUAAUUUCCAGCCACAGGAUGAAAACAUUCAUUCUUCAGUGGAAGCUUUGCCCCUGUCAUGUGAAACUUGUCAGAGAUGUCAAGCACUUCAGUGAGGCUGGCUUUUCUCUGGAACUCCAAGCAGGGGCAGUGUGAUUUAAUUUAGCAAUGGGACUCAGCUAAGGCUGGCUGAGGGUCGAGAGUUUGGUGCCUACCUUUCUGUUUUUACUAAGAUGUAUUGUUCACUGUUGUGAAAGAGACCAAAUGGUUCCCUGCUAUGUUCCCAUCUCCUGGGGAAAAGAAUGGCUCUGGUCAAGCAUCAUUGAUACUGCUGCCUUCCUGAGAAGGGAGGAUAUACUGUUUAAAUCUUAUCAGCCUUUGCCUUUCCUCUGAUACUUGCAAAAAAAAUGGUUUAUGGUGCUCUGUUAGCAUAAAUAUUUGCAGUGGUUCCUGCAUGCUUUUCUAGCCUUAAGGGGAGGUCCACACAUGGUGCUGGAUUGAAGAGGCUGAAAUUUGUCAACCACUCCCAUGCUGUUUUCCUGGACCAGUCUGGUGGAAUCAUUUCUGGUCAGAGAAUUUCCCCUGAGAUUCUCCCAUGGGCUCAUGAUGAAAGUAAUCAAGUCAGAAUUGUUUUAGUUGAUAGUGCUUCCUCCCUUGAGAUAGUUUGGUAUUUAACUAACAUGUCAUCUGCUCAAUCAUUUGGAAGUGAACCUGAGAAAGAUGCCUGGGACUGGACCUUGGUCAGAGAUUAAGCUGGAGCUACUGAGACCCCAGGCACGAUCCAAGAACACCUUGUGUGCAGGCACACUGCUCUAGCUGCUGCUAUGGUCAUGGAUAUUGACUUGGAGAGAUGACUUGUUUCUCUCAUCUGGAAUCAUCAAUCCCUGUUGCCUUAAUUGUUCAUCUGGUCAUUUAUUCCCUGAUCCCAAACUCAUUUUACCUGGGGAAUGACAGAGGGGGCUAUGGUUUCUUGUUUAGAUUAGGUCUUUUUACAGAUUUUAUAGGCUCAGAUUAUGGGAGCACUUUUAUAUAGGCUAAAGCCAGCUCCCCUGAAAGCUGUAAUCUCUGGCAAGGAAGGAGCAGAGCAUUAAACUUUGUGCCCAGGUUUCGCAGCAGCAGCAGCAGCAAAUUCAUCCUCUGGCUGUUGCCUUAGACCCCUGGGGCUGUGUCCCUUGAGCUCUCCCAGUGGCACUGCAGAGACUACAGGCAAGGAAGGAAAACAGCAGAAAGCCUGGGCUACAAUAGACAAAGAUUAUGGCUAAGUAUCUCAGUUGGGCAAUGAGGAUACCAGGGAACAGGAAGGAGGCAUUGGGAGCUUUCCCAAGCUUCAUUUGAGAACAAUUUAUUCAAUGGCAAGAGAGGGCUGGGCAGGUAGAGCUGCAGCCCCCCCCAUGCUGCAGUCAGCAUAUUCCAGCAACAAAAUAUGUUGCCAGGGCUGCUGAGCAGCAUCAGAUGUUGCAUUAAACCUUCUGGAAAUCUGUUCAGAACUAUUUCCCUCUGGACCUCCUUGUAAUGAGGCAUUUUAGCAUUAAUCUCUGGUCUGUUGUUUAAUAAAGAAAAACAGUUUUGUUAGCCAAAACCCAGCAGUAUUUGUACUGGACAGCAGGUGCUGCACUUAAGAAAAAUCUGUUCCAUCUACCAGUCUUGUAGGGAAUGGGCUGAGCAGAAAGCAAGCUUAUCUGUUCUCCUUCUGCCUCAGGAGCUGGUGUCAGUGACUGUUCUGGGACAGCAAUUCCCAGGGAAGAAACAAAACUGUCAGCAGAGUUGGUAAUUUGGCUGGAGGUGAUCGAAAGCAGCAGAACUGCCUCCCCCAGUCUCUAGUUUCUUCCUUUUCCCUCAGUUUAUUAUGCAGUGUUCUCAGGUCAGAGCCUGGCUGGCGAAAAUCCUCAUUUAUGCAUGGUGGGUGGCUGAAGGGGAAAAAAAGCCUUAAAGCCUUUUUCUGCCACCAGUGGCAUGGGGGAAAAAAGCCUGUUAGAGCUGGGGGAACCAGACCAAAGCAGCCAGAGCACAAAGUACUAAAUACACAUGCCUGAAGGAUGAUCUUGGCUGGCUUGUUUCUCUUUGGCUUUCCUAAUUCUGUACUCAUUGCUUUGUCUGUUUUUAGCUCUCUUACUUUUCCUCUCUCCCUAAUGGUAGUCGCCUGUAUCUUCAAAAUGAUCUCUUCUUCAUCUGUUAUUCUGGGCUGUGCACAGCUGUUUCUCCUCUUCUACCUUUUCUGAUCCCCCACUGCUCUUUGCUGUGUGAAGACUUCAAAUCCUCUCUGCAGGCUGGCUCACGUGCCACUGGGAACACAGCUCAAAAGGCCAGGCAGCAAUUCCAAACAAGAAUUGGAGAGCGCUGUAAAGAUAUGUGCAAGUCUGAGAGGAUCUGCAGCAGCUGGUAACGUGCAGAAGGAAUUUCUUUAGGGGAAUUUAAUGAACAAGCAAGCCCAGAAAGCAGACUCCCACUGUAUGGCAAAGCAUGUAAAUUUGUUGGUUUUGUCCCUUGGUUUUGUGGCUGUCCCCUCUGUGGUACAGUAGUUUUCAGAACUGUAGGCAGGAGAAGCAAUUGUUUUUUUGUAUUUGUUUUUAACAGGUCUGGUGAGUAUUUUGGGGCUAGGGGCUCAAGCUGAAGUCACUGCUGGCUGGAGAACUGGGCAGGCUGGAGAGCAGAAGGAGCUGCCAUCUCCUUCGCUGUAGCACUGUGACCACAGCCCAAGCACCUUGGAGGGAGUAGCAGAGACCAGCCUGGGCCAGCCCCCAGCCCCUCUCAGCAUCCUUGGCUCCUGGUUGCUAUUUAAUGCUCCAAUGACUGUCACAAAUGCCUGGGAAAAGGGCUGCGUGUGAAAUAAUGUUUGAAAUCUAUUUUAAAAAAAUUGUAAAUGUUCUUUCUAUUAGAUAGUGGAGCUAAUUUAUCCUGUAUUCCCUACUGUAAUGCUUUUUUAUAUGGAAAGGAAAUUUUUUUUGGUAAUAUAAACCAGAACACAAGCCUGAAGCACUCUCUGCACGGUUUUUGUGUGCAUUUCUUAAAAAAACCCCAAAAAUAAAAGAAAGAUAUUGUGACA